CUCCUCCCCUCUCGCCGCCGCCGCCAUGUCCGGUUUCGUGCGGCGCCUCGCCGGCAUCCCGUGGCGCCAGAUCGCCGGGGAGGCCAUCUCCGGCGGCCUGCUGGUCGCGCAGGGCCUCUGCGCCGUCCACGUCGUCAGCGAGCACGUCCUCGGCGUCGUCCUCCCGCGGGGCCCCAGCAUGCUGCCGGCGCUGAACAUGGCGGGGGACGUGCUGCUGAGCGACAAGGUGAGCCCGCGGUACGGGCGGGUGGGGCCGGGGGACGUCGUGCUCCUCGUCUCCCCGGAGGACCCGCGCAAGGUCGUCAUCAAGCGCGUGCUCGGCAUGGAGGGCGACGCCGUCACCUACCCCGUCGACGCCGGCAACACCGACGCCUCCAAGACCGUCGUGGUACCACAAGGUCAUAUUUGGGUGCAGGGUGACAAUAUUUACGCAUCCAAGGACUCGAGACAGUUUGGACCGGUGCCUUACGGUCUCGUAAAAGGGAAGAUGUCCUAUCGGAUUUGGCCACCGACAAGGAUUGGUUCGAUUGAUUCAAACUAGUAAGACACAUGCCCCACAUUAGUUGGUGCAUCUUGAUGCGUACCAUUUGACGCUUCACAGUUUUGGUGCUUCACAAUUUUGGUCCUUGCCUCCCCAGAAGCCACGUUCAGCGAAUCUAUGGCAUGAUUCAAUUGUUGUGUCUCAUGUUGUAACUUAUGGUCUGUGAUACUUGUAAAGUGAACUAACCUGAUGAAUGUACAAGUUCCAGGCAUGGCUGAUGGGCUAUCAUCUUGACGUUGAGAUUGUAUUAAACUUGUCAUUCUCCUGGACCAAAGCUUGAUCAGUUGUGCAUUGUAACAUUUUCUUAUUAUCAAGGCCAUUUUAGGCCAGAUGAAUUGUGUUA